AUGUUAUUACGCAACGACAUUUGGGGUUACCGCAUUCCUUUUGCUCUCCAGUGGAUAUGGCUAGUGCCGUUGAUUGUCGGGAUCUUCUUGGCUCCUGAAUCUCCUUGGUGGCUUGUUCGCAAGGGCAAGUUGGGAGAGGCGAAGCGUCCGCUACUCCGCCUUACUAUAAGCGCCCAACAAGCCGAUCAGCAGACCAGUGUUGUCGGCGAGCAGGGGCGGGCAGCCCCCAGUACCGUACCUGGCUUCGAUGUUGACAAGACUAUUUCCAUGAUGGUCUACACCAAUGAGGUCGAGAAGGCCGAGACUGAAGGAACAGGAUACUUGGACCUGUUCAGAGGUUCGGUGUCUAGACGAAGAACCAAGAUCGUUUGUGCGACUUGGUUGGUCCAGCAGCUCUGCGGUACUUCUCUGCAAGCCUUGUCAACGUACUUCUACCAAAAUGCAGGUUUAGACGUGUCCAACAGCUUUAAUUUGUCACUUGGUCAGUACGGUAUUGGCUUCUUCGGCACCAUCGGAUCUUGGUUCUUUGUCAGCAAAUUUGGUCGUCGCGGCCUCUACCUGUUCGGGCAGAUUGGCUUCACACUGGUACUCUUCAGCAUUGGCUGUACUACCUUCUCGGGCAAGUCUUCGGCAUCUCAAUGGGCCGCUGGUAGUCUUCUCCUCGGCAAUGCCCUCGUCUACAACCUGAGCGUCGGCCCCCUCUGCUACUCCCUGGUAUCCGAGAUUCCUUCCACUCGUCUUCGCGGAAAGGCUAUUAUGCUUGCCAGGAAUACUUACAACGUUGGUGGUAUUGUCAUCAAUAUCAUCACCCCGCGCAUGGUGAACCCUUCGGCAUGGAAUUGGGGAGCGAGAGCCCGAUUGUUCUGGGCUGGUCUUUGCCUCUUGUGCGCAAUCUGGACUUACUUCCGCCUCCCUGAACCUAAGGGUAGAACUUUCCUUGAGCUGGAUAUUCUCUUUGAGAAUCAUGUUUCCGCUAGAAAUUUCUCCAAGACCCAGGUCGAUACCAUCUUAAGGAAUGUUGAGCAUGAGGCCAAGACCGACAAACUCGGUCCAACUGCUACGCAUGUUGGUUAG